AUGUCGUUGUGGCACAGAACCACAGGGGAGCUCAGUUCGAAACACCUGUACCUGUGCGCUCUCAAGGACCUGUACCUGUGCGCUCUCAAGGACCUGUACCUGUGCGCUCUCAAGGACCUGUACCUGUGCGCUCUCAAGGACCUGUACCUGUGCGCUCUCAAGGACCUGUACCUGUGCGCUCUCAAGGACCUGUACCUGUGCGCUCUCAAGGACCUGUACCUGUGCGCUCUCAAGGACCUGUACCUGUGCGCUCUCAAGGACCUGUACCUGUGCGCUCUCAAGGACCUGUACCUGUGCGCUCUCAAGGACCUGUACCUGUGCGCUCUCAGGGACCUGUACCUUUGUGCGCUCUCAGGGACCUGUACCUUUGUGCGCUCUCAGGGACCUGUACCUUUGUGCGCUCUCAAGGACCUGUACCUGUGCGCUCUCAAGGACCUGUACCUGUGCGCUCUCAGGGACCUGUACCUGUGCGCUCUCAAGGACCUGUACCUGUGCGCUCUCAAGGACCUGUACCUGUGCGCUCUCAAGGACCUGUACCUGUGCGCUCUCAAGGACCUGUACCUGUGCGCUCUCAGGGACCUGUACCUGUGCGCUCUCAGGGACCUGACCUGUACCUUUGUGCGCUCUCAAGGACCUGACCUGUACCUGUGCGCUCUCAAGGACCUGUACCUGUGCGCUCUCAAGGACCUGUACCUGUGCGCUCUCAAGGACCUGUACCUGUGCGCUCUCAAGGACCUGUGCCUGUGCGCUCUCAAGGACCUGUACCUGUGCGCUCUCAAGGACCUGUACGCUCUCAAGGACCUGUACCUGUGCGCUCUCAAGGACCUGUACCUGUGCGCUCUCAAGGACCUGUACCUUUGUGCUCUCAAGAACCUGUACCUGUGCGCUCUCAAGGACCUGGACCUGUACCUGUGCGCUCUCAGGGACCUGUACCUGUGCGCUCUCAGGGACCUGUACCUGUGCGCUCUCACGGACCUGUACCUGUGCGCUCUCAAGGACCUGUACCUGUGCGCUCUCAAGGACCUGUACCUGUGCGCUCUCAAGGACCUGUACGCUCUCAAGGACCUGUACCUGUGCGCUCAAGGACCUGACCUGUACCUGUGCGCUCUCAGGGACCUGUACCUGUGCGCUCUCAAGGACCUGGACCUGUACCUGUGCGCUCUCAAGGACCUGUACCUGUGCGCUCUCAAGGACCUGUACCUGUGCGCUCUCAAGGACCUGUACCUGUGCGCUCUCAGGGACCUCUCUCAGGGACCUGUACCUUUGUGCGCUCUCAAGGACCUGUACCUGUGCGCUCUCAAGGACCUGUACCUGUGCGCUCUCAAGGACCUGUACCUGUGCGCUCUCAAGGACCUGUACCUUUGUGCGUUCUCAGGGACCUGUACCUGUGCUCUGAUGGAAGCAGACUGUAGUGUGAGAGUCUGA